GCAUUCUAACAUCAAUCAAUAUUGAAAAGUCAUCCAUAAAAUUGAUCAACAUGUAUCCGGGCGACGUUGAGUUAUUCCCAGCACGCAGCGGUGCGACGCGGGGCGGCGGCGGCGGGAAGGCGCGCAGACGCAGCGCUCAGUGUGUCGGCGCGCGCCGCCGCCGACAUGGGCAACCAGCACUCCACCUCACACGCCGGCCUUAAGCCCAAGAAGAACGUGCACUGGAAGUCUGCAGGACGACCGGCUGUGCCGGGCAAACCAGAUGUGGUUCCAAUACCAUCUGACGAGGAGCCCAAUGCUAUAACGCUGCGGUGGCCGCCAUCGGUACAUGAUGGAGGUGCGCCGUUACGCGGCUAUCAGGUGGAAUGCAAUCGACUAGGUUCAACAGACUGGGUCCGGACCUCUCCGCCCAUCGUCCUCCGCCCCGAGCUCGUUAUAUCUGGUCUGGAACCCCCUCAUCGCUACCAGUUUCGUGUGGCUGCAAUAAAUGCGGUCGGUCGCUCAGACUACAGCGAACUGUCCGAUGUACUCACUGUUAGUUCUGAUCGAAUACAGAACGAGCCACCGAUAUUCCUUCAGCACCUAGAAGAUGUCAUAGCUCUUGAAAAUGAUAAAACCGAAUUCCGAGUAUCAUUUUCCGGCAUACCCAUUCCAACGAUAGCAUGGUUUAAAGACGAUUAUGAAAUAUUUAGUAGUAGAAGGACUGCGAUAUCAACCACUGAAUCAACGAGCGUACUUAUUUUUCACCAAACUCUUCCUAGCGACGAAGGUGAAAUAAAAUGUACAGCUACAAAUCGUUUGGGUCAUGCAGUAACUAAGUCUCAUCUAACCUUAGAAGCCGCACCCAAAUUGCGAUAUCCACGACAAUACGAAGAUGGAUUACUAUACGAAGUCAAUGAAACAGUUUACCUUAAAACGACAAUUGUUGGAAAACCUAUUCCUAGUAUAGAAUGGAGACACGACGGUCAACCUAUUGUCCCCGAUAAUCGUGUAGAGAUAACGAACACGCCAAAGUUUUCUAUGUUAAAAAUUCAUUCGGCAAAACGAUCAGACAGAGGAGAAUAUCAAGUGCAAGCAAAAAAUAAUAUCGGCGAGGACACAGCUGCUUUCCUAGUUACAAUUACUGCCCCACCUGAUCCUCCCCGACGAGUAACUGUUACUCGACAAGUUGACAAGUCAGUAACUUUGGAUUGGGAAUCACCAGAAGAUGAUGGAGGUUGUCGAAUUGGAAAUUACAUAGUCGAAUACUACAGAACGGGAUGGAAUGUUUGGUUAAAAGCGACAACUAGUCGAAAAACUAAUGUAACGUUAUUUGACUUGAUAGAAGGUAGUGAAUACAGAUUUCGUGUGAAAGCCGAGAGUCCGUACGGAAUGAGUAUUCCUAGUGCCGAAUCUGCACCAAUACGAAUUCCAGGAAAACCAGUUGAUAUGGAAUUUUUAGCUGUGGAAUCGAAAAUCAUUAAUGAAGUGCUAACUCGUGAGAAUGGAGAGGAGCCACCGGUUUCACCUGCUCCAAGACGAAAGCGUGCACACGCGCGUUCCACUUCACCUUUGAACUCAUCAACCCUCAAGACAGAAGGUAACACACAGGCAGGGACAUCACCAGUGCCCCGACGUCGACCACGUGAUGCUUCCGAAAGCAAUGAAUUUAUGCUCGUCCUGUAUCCUAAUACAGACAAAUCAGCGGAAAAAGCUGAAAAACGAAAAUCUUUCCAACUCGACUUAGAAGAUGCAUUAUCACCACCACCAAUAUCUUUAUCUGCUCCUGAGUUAAGCUCACGUUGCGUAAUGCCCUUUAAGUCCCUUCGUAAUGCAGUUAGUUCAACUGAACUUUUACAUGAACAAGCUAUGGCACGAUUCUAUAAAGCAGUAGCCAUGAAAGAGGAACAAAGUAAGCAAAAAGAUAGCAAAAUUAAAGAUAUUAAUACGUCUCCUGAUGUAAACAAUAGCUAUGCACAAGAACCACCAACAAAACCAAGUAAAGAAAUAAACCUUAAGAAGCCUGAAAUAUUUAUCAAAACAGAUUCAGUAGAAAAUAGACAUUAUAGAUAUAGUUUUGAGGAGCGUCAAAACUCUGAAGAAGUUGAUGGAAAAUGGAAACAAAUGUCAUUUGAUGAAGACUAUACGGCUAGUACUGUUUCUACGGGUGAAGAAUAUUCAGAUGAAGAUGCUGAGAGUUUAAUUGAAGAUGUUGAUAGACAAAGCCAGUACUCAAAUGAAGAAGUUACUUAUAAUCCGAGGGAUAAAAUAGCCCACCAGCUUUCAAAUGAACAGACCGAUGAUGCAACAAAAGAAGAGGAAAACAUAGAAAAGGAAUACGUUAAACCAUUACCAAUUCCCGAUCCUAAUUUCGUACCAAAACCAAUAUUAAAACGCCGAGACGCCGAUAAUGCUAAUCAAAUCGAUAAGACUACGCCAAAAGUGGAAAACAAAGUUCCGGAAAAAAAUAAGAAAGAGGAAAAAAUGACUCUUUUGAAAAAAAUUUCCAAAAUGCCUGUACAAAAGCCAUUUGGUUUCCCUAAAAUACUUAGUAGAAAAGAACCUGUUCAAAAGAAAGACAUGGAUAAAAAAGAUGAAACUGUUGUUAAAAAACAAUCGAAAGAAACAGAAAAAGCGGAUGACAAAUUUGACGAUGGAGGAAGAACUGUCAUAGAUUAUUAUGGCAAUAUCGUCAAAGAAUAUGGAAGUCAUAGGCGAUCACAGACUCCUAUAUACCUUAAUACUGAAGAUCUAAAGCACGAAGCAGAAAAACAGCAAAUGAGUAAUGACAAUAAAGAGAAUGGUGCAAUUAAACCUCAAUCAGCGCCCGAAAGUCGACUUAAAAACAAACCUACAACAGAUAAAGUGAAGAAGAAACGUUCUGUUCAAAAAUCCAAACAAAAUGUAAAAACUUUACCAGAGAAACCUAUUAAAAACGCAUUAUUGCAAACUCCUAAGCAACAAAAUUUCGUUCCACCCCAAAAGAAUGAGAACAAAGAAAUUUUAAAGAACUUAGAAAACACUAAAGUGGUUUUAAGGAAAACUGAACGAGCUACUAUCAUUAUUCCUAUAGACUAUCAAAAAUUAGAGCAAAAAGCUAAGAAAAAUGUUAGGUCAGCGAUUGAUUACACUGUUGAUUUAUGUUUAUUAUUACUGGCAUUUUGGCUUUAUUUUUUCAAAGACGAACGAUUGGCAAUUCCUUUCCUCACUUUAAUUAUAUAUCGACAGGUACAAGAAACUAUAUUUUUAAAUAUUCCUCGAUUAAUCAGCCGAUAUUGUCCAAACUGGCUCAAAAAGAAGACGUCUUGACCUCUUUUAAAAGACAAAUAUGUGCAUUAAUUUUUGUUUACAGACUUUAAUUGUCGUGUGAUAUUGUGAUUUAAAAUAUGGUGUCUAAACUACAUUUUUUGUAAUUUUCUUAUAAUCUAGUAAGCUACGUUUAUGCAAUUUAAUG